AUGGCAGCGGAGCCGCUCUCCAAUGGCGCCACUCACCUGUCGGUGCCUGGACACUACAUUCUCCCGGUGCACAAGAGGCCGUCUUCUUCCGUGAAGGGCAAGGGGGCACCGCCUGUGGUUGAUCUCGGCGGAGACGACGACGGCAGGAUUGCCGAGGAGAUCGUCUGUGCAGGGCGGGAGUUCGGUUUCUUCCAGGUGGUCAACCACGGCAUGCCGGAGGCGGUGAUGGGCGCCAUGAUGCGCGCUGCGGAGGAGUUCUUUGCACUUACAGCGGAUGAGAAGAUGGCGUACUACUCGAACGACCGAAAGAAGCUCCCGCGGUUCCACACGAGCCUCCGGAACGGCACCGGAGAGGAGGUCCUGUACUGGCGGGACUGCCUCAAGCUCGGCUGCCACCCUCCGGAGUGGUCGGACAAGCCGCGCGGGCUCGGGGCGGCGCUGGAGCCGUACACGGCCGCCGUGAGGGCAGCGGCGCGGCGCGUUCUGCGCCUCGCCGCUGUCGGGCUUGGGCUCGAGGAGGAACACUUCGAGGGGUCGCUCAGCGGCGGUGGGAUGAUGAACGUGAACCACUACCCGCCGUGCCCGGACCUGAGCCUCACCCUUGGCGCCGGGCCGCACUGCGACCCCGGCCUCGUCACCGUGCUCAUGGAGAACGUCGGCGGCGGCUUACAGAUACUUCUCCACGGCGACGGUGACGCUGCCGGGGGCGGGAUGAUGUGGGUGGACGUCGACGCCGCGCCGGGGGCGCUGGUCCUCAACUUUGGGCAUCAGAUGCAGGUGGUGAGCAACGGGCGCCUACGCAGUGCCGAGCACCGCGUGGUCACCAGCGCGCGUGCCGGCCGGACCUCGCUGGCCACGUUCGUGUGGCCCGAGCCGGGGUGCACUGUCACGCCGGCGCAGGAGCUGGUGCUGGCCGCAGGCGAGGGGCCUCUAUACAAGCCCCACUCCUACGGCGAAUUUCUCGGUGUGUACCUUGCCGAGGGUGGGGUCAAGGAAUCCGCCAUGGCGCAUCUCAAGCACUGA